AUGCGGAUACCGUGUGAAGUGGUAUUUUCACGACACAAGACCAACGGAAAUUUGCGGCAAGUUCCUGAUACCAGUAAACCACGGAAAGGUUUUGUCGUUUUGGAGAAACUUCGCCAGACUCCUCCACAGUAUCAAAUAUUGUUCGCAGUGAAUGGUGAUAAAAAUACCAACAAGUUCGAUCUCAACAAGCCUCCUAUUAUUUUGGACAAGUUUGUUCAGCAAGGAAAAGUUACAUUUCAAUUUCCAGCUGUAACUGUUUACAUCGGCAAGGCAUGCCCUGAAUCUCUGACGAAGUUGACGGAUUGUAUCAGGAAAAUUGUGAGAGGAGAAGCAGUCGAAAUCGAGAAAGUUAAAAUUAAAAGCUCCGACUUCAAACCGACUACAAUCACUGUUACAACUCAAAAUGAUUACAGGAAACAGAUGAAUAUGUGCUCUGAAUUUCUGAGAACAUUAAAAAUUGAGCCGAUUGAUUUACGAACUGCGGAUAGAACAUGGAUUUCAAAAUGUAAAAACAUCACACAGUUGAUUAUUAGUGGCAAUCCAAUUGGAAAUCGAGCCACAAAUCUUGACGUUUUUAGUAAACUUCCUCACUUACAUGUUCUGGAAUUAAACAAUUGUUCGUUGGGAUCUGUUGCUGUCCCAGUGCUCUGUGACAUGUUUAAACGACUGCCAAUCACUUUGAAUUUCUUGGAUAUUAGCGAGAAUCAAUUAUCGGUUUUCCCGCCUAUCUUUCAUCUGAAUCAACUUCGAGUGAUCAACGCAACAUUCAAUAAUAUAAAAUAUCUACCAUCAAGGAUUGGCUCACUGCAAAACCUCCAAACCAUAUCCCUCAACCACAAUCAGAUGUCCUCGUUGCCUUAUGUAUUUCCAAAGAUGCCAAGAAUACAACAUGUCGGUCUUCAAGCGAACGACGAUUUGUGUUACACAAGUCCAGAGGAUGCUGGACCGCUGAUUACCCGGAAACUUGCUAGCAAGGUUGAUAAUAACGAUUAUUCACAUGCUGGGGGUGUCGAUUCGUUGGUGGUGAUUGCAGCAAAUGCUAUCCACAGGGACGAAAACAGAAAGUCAUUGCGAGCAUGUCGUGAUUUUCUACCACUUUCUCUUCGUUUUCAUGUGGAGGACUUGAUGUAUGAAACACCUGGAAUUUCACCACUAGAAAUGUGUACAUAUUGCCUACGUCUUCGUCACAUUCGUUAUGUUCGUCCUCAACUUUUACAAUCGAGGCAAAUUGCCGAGGCUGUAGACGUUGUUGAUAGAUUUGUAAUUUUUGACAAUCUUCUGUGUAUUGACUGCCAUCGUAGAACACCUGCCACAGUCGAUGACCAGACUCCUAUUCAAUAUGACUUCUUCAACUUCUCAUUAUAA